UAGUGAAGCACUAGACUUUUCAAACUUCAGAGAGAGAAAGAGCAAUGGCGGCGAGUGAACACAGAUGCGUGGGAUGUGGUUUUAGGGUAAAGUCAUUGUUCAUUCAAUACUCUCCGGGUAACAUUCGUCUCAUGAAAUGCGGAAAUUGCAAGGAAGUAGCAGACGAAUACAUCGAGUGUGAACGCAUGAUUAUUUUCAUCGAUUUAAUCCUUCACAGACCAAAGGUUUAUAGACACGUCCUCUACAAUGCAAUUAAUCCAGAAACUGUCAGUAUUCAGCAUUUGUUGUGGAAGUUGGUCUUUGCGUAUCUUCUUCUAGACUCUUAUAGAAGCUUGCUACUGAGAAGAACUGAUGACGGAUCGAGCUUUUUUGAUAGCUCGGUUCUUAUAUCUAUAAAGGUUCUAAUCGGUGUCUUAUCUGCAAACGCUGCAUUUAUCUUCUCUUUUGCCAUUGUGGCUAAAGGUUUGCUAAAUGAAGUUUCCAGAGGAAGAGAGAUUAUGUUGGGGAUAUGCAUCUCUAGUUACUUCAAGAUAUUUCUGCUUGCGAUGUUGGUAUGGGAAUUCCCAAUGUCAGUGAUCUUCAUUGUCGAUGUACUUGUCUUAACAUCAAACUCCAUGGCUCUUAAAGUGAUGACUGAAUCAACAAUGACGAGAUGCAUAGCCGUAUGCUUAAUCGCGCACUUGGUUAGAUCCUUGGUGGGUCAGAUCUUUGAGCCGACAAUAUUUUCACAAUUUGGAUCUCUGAUGCAAUAUCUGUCUUACUUAUUCAGAACCGUAUGAUCCCAUCAUCUUCCUUUACAUUAUAUCAUUUGUAUUGUUGUAUGACUAACCAAAUAUUAUUGCCAUCAAGAUUUAGCAACGGACCUUAUUAAAAUAUCAAAAUUAAA